AUGGUUGUUGGGAAAUGGUGGUGGAGAUGGAGGUGGGGUGAUAGUGUAGGCGGUGGUUGUUGUCCAAUGGUGGUGGAAGGUGGGGUGGUGGUUGUGGGCAGUGGUGGUGGAAGUGGGGUGGUUGUUGUGGGUAGUGGUGGUGGAAGUGGGGUGAUGGUGGAUGUGCAUUUUUCAAUUCUGAAAAAGGCGCCUAAUAGCGAUGAUGUUAUUGUAGUUAACGAUGAAGAAGAAAAUCUCAAUGAUGAAGAAAAUAAUGAUGAAGUAAAUAAUGAUGAAGACAAUGCCCAUUACACUAAAAAGAAAAGAAAGAAGACAUCAACUGCUUGGGUUCAUUUUCGCACAAUAACUAAUGCUGAUCAAAAUGAAGUCCAUCAAUGUAUACACUGUGGUGAGAAAUUUAACAAGUUUAAGGAUGGAACAACCACACCAUUAAAUAGACAUAUAAAAAAGUAUUGCCCGAAAGUAAAAGCCGCAAGCACAGGACAAAUGAAGUUGAAUAUUUCUUCUGGAAAAGCAUCAGGUUCUUCAUCAAUAGUGAAAAACUGGAAGUUUAGCAAUGUGAGGAUGAGGGAGGUUAUUUCUCAUAUGAUCAUGGUGCAUGAAUUGCCAUUUAAUUUUGUUGAGUAUGAGUUGUUCAAUGUGAUGAUGAAGGAAGCCAAUCCGGAAUUUGAGAAGAUCUCUCGUGCAUCAGUUCGACAAGAUUGUGUUUCUAGUUACAAACUUGGAAAGAAAAGAAUUCAAAAAAUGUUGAAUACUGUUAAUCGUGUGAGCAUCACAACUGACAUGUGGACAUCCGUUCAAAAUAUCCAUUACAUGGUAGUUACAUGCCACUUUGUAGACUCGGAUUUUGAUAUUCACAAAUGCAUAUUGAGUUUUGUAGACGUGCCUCCGCCAUAUUCUGGAGUUCAUAUCUAUGAUUGCUUGUUCAAGUGUUUAAAAGAUUGGAAUAUUGAGAUGAAGGUGGCUACUUUGACUGUGGACAAUGCUAAAACUAAUGAUGUGGUGGCUAGAAAGUUGAUGGAUAAUUUAAAUCUACAAAAAAAACUUCCUCUUGAUGGAAAGUUGUUUCAUGUGCGAUGUUGUGCGCAUAUUCUUAACUUGUUGGUUCAAGAUGGUCUAUCAGAAAUUCAAGAUAUAAUUCACAAUGUUCGUGAGAGUGUGAAACAUGUGGGUGCUUCUCCUGGGCGAUUACAUCUCUUUAGUGAGCUCACUAAACAAUUACAAUUGAAAAAAAGACAUCUUAUCUUGGAUGUCAGUACUCGGUGGAAUGCAACAUACGCAAUGUUGUCUACGGCUUUGGAGUUUAAAGAAGUUUUUGAGAAUUAUGCCGAUCGAGAAAGUACAUACACCAAAUUACCAAGUGGUGAUGAUUGGAAAAAAUGUAAAGAUGUUUGCUCAUUCUUGUCACUUUUCAAUGAGGCUACCAAAAUAAUUUCAGGUUCUGAGUAUCCAACUUCUAAUUUAUUUCUCAUUGAGUUAUACGUUAUAAAAGAUGCAUUGGAUACUGUAGCUUUGGAGGAGAAUGAUUGCAUGCGAUCUAUGGCAUGUAAAAUGAAAGAAAAAUUUGACAAAUAUUGGGGCUCUACUAAUCUGUUGAUUUCUCUGGGUGCUGUUAUGGAUCCAAGAUACAAAAUGGAACUAAUUAAAUUAUCUUUCAAGACAAUUUAUUCUCCGGAGGAGGCUAAAGAAGAAGUACAAGUUGUUAAUGACAUUUUAGAGGAUUUGUUUAAUGAGUAUAUUGAGGCACAUAAAGAAUCGAAUGUUGUUCGAACUGGUGGUGCAACUACUGGGAGUGGAAGCGAGAUCAGAGCCGGUUCUUCUAAGAGUUCAUCAAGCUUCAUGACUUCUCGAUUUGGUGAUGGUUUGAAAUCAGGUAGCGCUAUGUAUGCUCAACAUAUUAAAAGUCUUGAUACUGUUGAACGUGUGAAGUCAGAGUUAGCCACUUAUUUAGAGGAAGGAGUGUACAUUUGUGAGACGGGUGCAACUUUUGAUGUUUUGGGAUGGUGGAAAGAGAAUAGACUUAAGUAUAGAAUUUUGUCCAAAAUGGCAGUUGAUAUCCUAUCUGUUCCAAUAACAACUGUUGCUUCUGAAUCGGCUUUCAGCGCUGGUGGGAGGGUUGUUGAGCCACAUCGUUCUUGUUUAGGAACAGAGAUGGUUGAUAUGCUUGUUUGUGGAGCUGAUUGGUAUCGUCAUUACUAUGGACUACAUAAAAAGAAAAUCAAGGAAAAUGACGAUAUUACAUACAUUGAGCUUGAAUGA